UACUUGAUCCUGGCCACCAUCAUCGCCAACUGCAUCGUACUGGCCCUGGAGCAGCACCUACCAGCCAGCGACAAGACACCUAUGUCAGAACGCCUGGUAAGAGUCUCAACACUCCUCCCUUUGGAUGAGAACUAAGGCUACGUCCCAAAUGGCACCCUAUUGCAGUGGUCAAAAGUAGUGCACUAAAUAGGGAAUAGGGUGCCAUUUGGAAUGCAACCCUAUUCCUUUCACACUUUCUCUUCCUUUACUUAGGGCUCCGAUUAAUAUACUUAUACAGUAUUGUCUUCUGUUUGUUUGCUGUAAAAGUGUAGAAUGUUAUUUAGGUGAUUUUCAAGAGGGAAAGAGGUAGUCAGACAGAGCGAAACAGAGAAUUCGCUCAGAGUCGUUGCUCAUUUAGAGUCUUCCACGAGUAGAGCUCAGUGAUGAGGGAACCCAGUCAUCCCUAACCUCCUCCUCCCAGUCAGAGGGCCCUGAGUACCAGACACAAAGCCAGGCAGCUGGGCCACCCACACCUCCAGUCCAUGGGAGAGCAGCACCCCUCCUCAUUAGUGCGUGGGUAUAUGGCGAUGUGUGUCUCCCUCUCCUCUCCCCUCUCAUUCUGUAAGUCAGCUGAGCCUCACACUGAGUGGCUUUGAUUCCCCCCUUUCCCUCUCCAGGCCCUCUGUUCCCCUGCCUUCGUUCCCCUGCCUUCUCACACGCGUCGUAUAGCUUAAACCCCUGUUUGAACUCAGCCAGUCGAGUCGUUUAACCAUUGCUGUUCUCCCUUUAAGCUGUGAAAUAUUGAAGCCAGGAGAGGCUGCUGUGCGGCCAUGGGAGGAUUGUGACGCUGCUUCUCUAAAAUAUCAUUUUUCAGCAUCUUGCACACACAGAUGUGGUCUUAAAGAUGUUGUGGCUCCUGGAGGAAUGGAGGAAAAUGCAUAAAAGGCGCUGCUGCAACAGCUUGUUGAAAUAAGGUUAAUGACCCUCAAAUGCAGCCGCCUGCUCCUGUUAUCUCCAUAAUAGUGAUGCAACAUCAGCAGCAGUGUAGUGGCACAAUAAAAAAGUUACUCGACACCUGAGAAACUGAUUAGUGUUAGUAGAGAGAAUACAUUUCCCCUCCUUCCUCCCGCUUUCUCUCAAGUAGAAGCAUGUAAUACAAGCGUCCUUGUAAUUAGAAAAACAAUAGGCUAUUUAUGGUCCAGGAUGAAUAGACUGGGGUGUGUCUGUUAAGUGGAGCUCCUGAUAAUAGAACAUUGUCAAAAGUCGUUGUUCUUCAGAUCCAUAGCAGAGAUUUACCCUUGCGGUCCCCUGUGAUUUCCAGUUUGCCCCUUCAGAGCCAUGUACUGUAGAUGGAGUGUUCAUUAUUCAUGAAUAUUUUACAUCUCUACAUUAUAGAUGUUAACACAGUCUACUGUAAAACAUCAUGCAUUUAUGGAUGGACCCCUCCAGCCUAGCCAUCAUGUAAGGCUUGGCAUAGCAUUGUUUUGUCUGCUAUCUUUUUAUAGCAGAUAGAGAUGCAAAGAUGUCAGUCUCAAUGCUUGUCAUUAGUGUCUUUCCUUACAUUAAAGCCCUGAGAGCAUCAGUGCUGUGUGGUCUUGAUAGACAGCAGCAAUCCCAGACUCGCUUCUCUGGCUGAACAACAAACCAGUUAUUUUAAAACACCAUUUCCUGCACCAUUUCCUGUUACAGUGACAAAUCAAACAGGUCUGUUAUUUUGCUUGUUGUUCAUUGUUGUUAGAUCUUACCUUAGAGCAAGUGAAAAGGUCACAGACCCUUUAACGCUGUUCUCAAGCCUGUCAAACUCGUUGUGAUUAUUUGCGUUGGAAAUCCUGGGUUGGUGAUUGAGGGUUGGGGUCGUGGAGCUGUGGAAAAAGAGAAAGGGAAAGAAAGAGAGAGAGGGAGGUUAGUGUAAGUUGUGAGAUAUCCUCUGCUAGUGCCUGUGUGUGUAGCAGCACCUCAGGCCUCCACUGACAUGAUAUUAAUGGAAGGGAAUGAAAAAGUGUCAUGUCAUACGUGCCUGCUCCAGCACUGCUUUGAACAAGAGCAAGAGUCAUCCUAGCUGCAAAUGGUUUUUUGCCCAGUGAAAAUCUCACUUUUAAAAGUUCAUAUUCUGUUAACUCAUAUACAAAUAAUGUUGACUUGUCCUAUACUCGUAUUUGUGGCCAAAGCAUAAAUUUGAGAAAAAAUACUUCAAAAAUCCCACCUCAAAUCUGUAUCUCAAACAGACAAUUUAAAAAAUGCUUGCUAUUUCUUCAUAUAACAUGUAUCCUCCCUGAGGAGGAUGAGCUGGCCAAUCAGCGGUCUACUUGCAUGAACAUUUUAAAUGACCGGUAUACGUCCACACCAUUCUGUUGUUGGGGUACGCCCACACCAUUUCAACACAGAAAAGCUGCUUUUUAACAUGCUUAAUUAUAAUUUUUUUGGAAGGAAAACUAUUUCACUCAUAUCGUGUAAGUAAUUAUAGAUUAUAGGUUAUAAAUCUGGAAACACUGGGCAGUUACUUUAAAUCUUCAUACCAUAAAAAUUGUUUGUUUAUGUUUUGAAUGUUUCGUUAGAUGCCUUUUGGAGACCAAAAAGCCUCAUCAAAUUAUAAUUUAUUGAUACAUUUUAAUCAUACUAAUUUGCCAUCAAUUAGUAAGAUUCGUUAAGAGUAAAAUGUAAGCUAUUAUCUUAUGUAAAUGAUAAUGUGAUAUGAUGGAUGCGUAAAUCACACUGAUAAAAUAUGAUCUCCAAGAUUACUGUUGGUCUUCUUGUGUAGGCUAUGUUUUCAACCCCUCUUUCUUCCUCUACCUUUCAUCCACCAAGAGAGCGUCCUAUUCCUCGACCCAUUCUCUGCAUGCUGGGUAGAAAAGUGAAGGAAACCAUCCCCCGUUCCUCUCUUUCACUCUCUUCCCCCUCUCUCUUCUGCCAUGCUUCAUUAACCUCUCUCUUACCUCUAACAAAAAGUUAUCUCUCCCUUGUUCCCUCUCUCUCUUUGCAGGAUGACACAGAGCCCUACUUUAUUGGAAUAUUCUGUUUCGAGGGCGGCAUUAAGAUCAUCGCCUUGGGCUUUGCAUUCCACAAAGGCUCGUACCUCCGCAACGGCUGGAACGUAAUGGACUUUGUGGUCGUCCUCACU